CCGCUUUUGUCCUGCAUUUUACAUAACAGAUUUCCCCCAAAUUCCCACCUAUCCUCUUCCAAUCCCCUUAACCCCCAUACUCUCCACACUCCCUUGACCUUGAGUCCCUUCUCCAAUGGCAAUUACUUCAAUAGCAGCAGCUGCUUCUUCGUCAAAGCUAUUUUGCCCGCAUGCCCCUCCAUCUUCAUCUUCGACUUCCACUUCCACUUGCCUCUUCACAACAGCCACCCACCUCUCCUCUUCUUUCCUCAAACCCUCCAUAAUCCUCCACCUAACUCCUUAUUCCUCCUCCUCUGCCGUCACCACCACCACCACCACCACCCCCUACCGCCGCCGAUCCCUCACUGUCCGCGCUGCCCGCGGCAAGUUCGAGCGCAAGAAGCCACACGUCAACAUCGGCACCAUAGGCCACGUCGACCAUGGCAAGACCACCCUCACCGCCGCACUCACCAUGGCCCUCGCCGCCCUCGGCAACAGCGCUCCCAAGAAAUACGACGAGAUUGACGCCGCCCCCGAGGAGCGCGCCCGCGGCAUCACUAUCAACACUGCUACCGUCGAGUACGAGACCGAGAACCGCCACUACGCCCACGUGGACUGCCCCGGCCACGCUGACUACGUCAAGAAUAUGAUCACCGGUGCCGCACAAAUGGACGGCGCCAUCCUCGUCGUCUCCGGCGCUGACGGCCCCAUGCCUCAGACCAAGGAGCACAUCCUCCUCGCCAAGCAGGUUGGUGUCCCCAACAUGGUGGUUUUCCUCAACAAGCAGGACCAGGUGGAUGAUGAGGAGCUUCUUGAGCUUGUGGAGCUCGAGGUUCGUGAGCUUCUCUCCUCGUACGAGUUUCCCGGCGAUGAAGUCCCCAUUAUCUCAGGUUCGGCCCUUCUAGCAUUGGAAGCUUUGAUGGCGAACCCUGCCAUCAAGCGUGGCGACAAUGAGUGGGUGGACAAGAUUUAUGCCCUCAUGGAUGCGGUGGAUAACUACAUUCCCAUCCCUCAGCGCCAAACGGACCUUCCCUUCUUGCUUGCCAUCGAAGAUGUGUUCUCCAUUACGGGUCGUGGGACUGUGGCGACUGGAAGGGUUGAGAGAGGGACUAUUAAGGUUGGGGAAACUGUUGAGAUUGUUGGUGUGAGGGAGACUAGGAGCACUACUGUCACUGGUGUGGAGAUGUUCCAGAAGAUUCUAGAUGAGGCAAUGGCUGGUGAUAAUGUGGGGUUGUUGCUUAGAGGUAUUCAGAAGGUUGAUAUUCAAAGAGGAAUGGUGUUAGCUAAGCCGGGGACUAUUACCCCGCACACUAAGUUUUCUGCCAUUGUAUAUGUUUUGAAGAAGGAAGAAGGAGGGAGGCACUCACCAUUCUUUGCUGGAUACCGACCGCAGUUUUACAUGAGGACCACUGAUGUGACUGGGAAAGUGAGGUCGAUUAUGAAUGAUAAGGAUGAGGAGUCCAAGAUGGUGAUGCCAGGGGACAGGGUUAAGAUGGUGGUGGAGCUUAUAGUACCUGUGGCUUGUGAGCAAGGGAUGAGGUUUGCUAUUCGGGAAGGAGGGAAAACUGUGGGAGCUGGUGUCAUCCAAUCCAUCAUCGAGUGAGAUUUGUAAGUACACAACUCGAUUUGGCUUCCGGAUGCAUGAAUGGGUCUUUUUUAUAUGGUGGAGAAAUUUGCAAGUAUCGGAUUAUGUUAUAUACAACUGAUUUUUUUGCCAGUUUACAGAACUUGAUGCCAUAUGAAUCCUGUUGCUUAUAUUUUCUAGGGUAUUGUUUGAUGAUUAGUCAAGUGUGAUAAUGAUUUUUUUUUUUUUUUUGCCUUGUUUAACUUUCGUCUCAUUAUUUUUGUAUCAUCUGUUUAUUGAUUGAGCAAGAUUCCAUGAAGAACUUUUGCUUGUGAGAUUUUUAAAAGGGCUAUAAACAUUUAGUAUUUUGUCCCAUUACAGUGAUGCUAAUGCUAUGUUUAGGGGAAUGAAUUGAAGGGUGAAUUCCUUCCCCUUGUUUAGCUGUAGGAAUGGGACACUUUGCACCUUGCUUAGGAGUUAAAUUAGAGGGAAGGCAAGCUAAAUCCUCUUUUAUGUUAGGGUAGAAAUUUUCAUGACGAGUUUUAUGGGUAAAAUUAUACAUGGAGCUUAUCUAUGAAAGUUUUACCCUUAAUAUAUUUUGAAAUGAUAUAGUUGGUUCAUGAAGUUGGUAACUUGGUAUUGCGAUUUCCCCAAGACACUAGUGUUUAUUCCUCUCCAUUUUCAUUUGGUAAAGUUUCUACUGAUAUUUCAUUAUGGAUGUGUAGGCCUCUAUUGUAAAUAAAUAUGAAAAGAUAAAUCAACUAUAUCCUUAUCUUGAUAGGCUAUAUUAAGCUAUGAAAUCAUGUCGAAUGUUCUCCACACACAUAAGGGGGCAUUAUUGUGUUUAGAGCAGCAAUGCAUCCCGAGUAGUAUUGAUCAGUGACCACAUCCUUACCUUGGAUUCAUAAGAUGAUUCUUUAUCACAUCCAAGAUGCUAUUUUAUGAGAAAAAUUGCAUAAACCUAGCCAUCCUCUUUUACCUCUAUAUUUGUUUCAUCUGGUAAGUACUUAGCUGAUCUUUUGCAUGAGCAAAUAUUCUCUUCAUUUCUUGGUAGUUUUAUGGGUGUUCAUGAGAAAAGGGAUUGACGUGUAAAAAUGCUAACCCUUGUCUCCCUUUCUCUCCACAUUCUGACAUGCAAAAUUCAUGUUUGUACAUGCCUCCUUAUUUAGCUGAAGUAUUGUUCCGGCUGGAUAGGGUUUCAUUGAAAAAUCAAUCUAGAGCAUACUCUCCAACUGAAGUUACUCGUUUGAUUCGAAUUUCCAUUGGUUAUGUAAAAGCAAUAAAGGUUGCUCAACAUA